CAAUAUUGAUCAGGAUAAAGAUAACGACAUUUUUUCUCUCAGCAGGUGCUAUCAACGUCGACAGUGGACGUUCAAGCGGAGAAAAACAAAAACAUUAUUUCUAUUUUUAUUUCCAUUGCUUCUGUUAAAUAUUUCUAUUCUUUAGAUAAGCUCAUUCAAACAUAGAGACGAGGAAAACAAUGUUUUUUGUAGUAAUUUCUUAAAUUAUUAAUCAGCAAAACAUAAACAUUGGGAUGCACGAAUAAUUUGGACUUAUAAAAAUCCUUAGCAGUAUCUAUUCUUGAUUAAAUAAAAUAUUAGCAGCAGAAAAAAAGGAUGAAAAUAUAAAAGGUAACAGCAGAUUGUGAAUUCUUAAAAUCAAGGGCUUAAUAUACCUGAUUUGAGCGGAGAACAUUAAAAACUUAUGAAGGGUUACAAGUAAAAUUAUUGGCAUUUGAAUUUUAUUAAAAGUUCUAAUGCAGUACUGGAAAUUGAAAAUUAGAAAAACUCGCAAGAGAGGACACAAUUAAAUGAAUAACAAGCCAAUUAAUUCACAGUUGGACACUGUCCUCAAAAUAAAACUUAAAAAAUGACAUCAAGAAUAUCAUCAGUUACAAUUACAUCACUGCUUCUUAUUAUUAUCACAGGUGUGGAGUCAGCAGUCCAGUCAGACGAAGAAACUUUAAUCAAGCAUCUAAUGAGAGGAUACAAUAAAAAUAUCCAUCCGACUAUUCUUCGCAAUGAUUCGGUUGCCGUGGAAUUGACUGUUCACUUGAGAAGAAUAAUUUUGUUUAACGAACGGGAACAAGCCAUUCAAACAGACAUCUGGCUAUCACAGAAAUGGAAAAACGAGUUAAUGACAUGGAAUCCAAACGAACACAAUAAUAUCACAGGAAUAAGAAUUCAAAGAGGGCUUUUAUGGUUGCCUGAUAUAUACAUUCUCCAAGAGAUCGGCAACAAAACCAACAUGUACUUAUUUGACAACACGACUACAGUGCACAUGUCAUAUGACGGAACGCACCAAUCAAAAUUUCCACUGGCAGCAUACACAACAUGUUAUUUUAACGUGCUCUCCUUCCCUUACGACGAACAAGAAUGCAAUAUCUCCUUUACCUCCUGGAUCAAUGAUGCAACAAGAAUACAUUUAUCCACUGCAAGUGAGUUUACUCUAAUAGAUUACAAAAAGAGCUCUGCGUGGGAGCUUAUGUCUGGUAGUAUGCAUAAUGAUAUGAGAAAAUACGAAUGUUGCGACAAACCGUACUCCACCGUCACCAUGCAUAUGAAAAUUAAACGAAAAUCAAAAUUCUACAGUAUGCUUAUGUUUUUCCAAAGUAGUUUGCUCUGCACCACCAUUUUGCUGGGGUUUGCAACGCCCAUCGAUUGUAGAGAACGAAUUAUAUUCAGUCUUCGUGUUCUAUUAACAUUAGUAUUUUACAUAAUAGAACAACUGAAUCAAAGCUUACCGAUAAACUCCCAACAUCUGCCAGUAGCUGGACAAUUCUUUACUGGUAUAAACAUUAUCGUUUCCAUGUCAACGUUUGUAACGGCUUUCGUUACUAAGAUGUUCUACCGUCAAAUUUACAAGUUAGAUACGAAAUACAACCCAAUUGAAAUAUGUCUCCUGAAGAUUGGAAAAUACCUCCCAAUAAUUGGAGUCAAAUGUAAGUAUUUACUAGACACAAAAAGCGCAUUUUUAAAACAAAACAAAAAUUCACCAAACAGAGGCUAUAAAAAUGUGGAAACACAGGAACCACAAGAGGAGGAAGAACAAAAAGAACAAGCACUGCAAGAAAAAGACGAUGUUGAAAUUGUGAACAUUUUAACAAAGAAAUCAAAUCAAAGGCGAGUCAAAAUGAAAAUAAAAAAAUGGUUCAACGAGUACAAUGCACGAAAAUAUGCGAUACCAGUACUAAGUAAACAGAAAAAAGAAAAGACGUUAAAAUCUAUCAUAACGUAUUUGAAAACCUUACACAGGUCACUUCAACUUUCAAGUGAGAGACGUAAGUGGAAACACAGCCAAACAAAGUACGCACGGGCUGUUGUGGAGUUAAUGGAUAGAAUCUUAAUGACGACUUUUAUUUUGAUCAUUAUAGUUUUAUUUCUAACUACGGUUGGACAAGCUCUAAUUAAAAGAUAUUUAUAAGAGAAAAAAUAGAACAGAUAAUAUGUGUAAAAAAAUGUGUUAAAGUAUCAGAGUUCAGACAAGAUUUUUUUUAAAUAUUCCCUGAAUUUUCUUGUGUUGUGGCCUUACAUCGUACGUAAGGAAGACUUCCAUUGAGUACGAUGUAAAAAAAUAAAGAAGACAAGGGGGCACAACAUGCUGGAAAUAACUCAAAUAUAACAUUAGAA